AUGUUUGCGAAUGAUAUCAAAAUCUGUUGUACAAUCGAGGGUUCAGAGAAUCGGAGUAGUCUACAAAAAGAUCUGAAUACCCUGGCUCAGUGGACUGAAACAAUGGCCCUUCCAGGCAAUACCACUAACCUUAGUGGCACGCAUUUGAAAUAUCCGGCCUUUAUUAGCAUCAGUCGGUGCUAUCCUCAUUUAUCAAAAACAGCCGUUCUUGAAUCGAAGUGGAUCAAAUACAUAAGGCAGCACGAUAAAGAGCAAAAUAAGCAAUGGGACUCCGAUACACUGGCGUCAAAGCGGUCCUACAUUUUAUCCAUGUUUCCAUAUCCUUCCGGAAAUCUCCACCUUGGUCAUCUGCGUGUUUACACAGUGGCUGAUGUACUGGCUCGAUAUAAGACAAUGCGAGGUUUCGCAGUCAUGCAACCGAUGGGAUGGGACUCUUUUGGCUUGCCUGCUGAAAAUGCUGCAAUAGACAGAAAUAUACUGCCUUCUGCUUGGACCUCUAGGAAUAUCGAUCAGAUGCGCCAACAAAUGGAAUCAACGAUGCUUCUAAAUUUAAACUGGUUUCGUGAGAUAAGCACGUGCAAUCCGGAUUACUAUAAGUGGACCCAAUGGAUUUUUCUAAAACUGUUCGAGUCUGGUUUAGCUUAUAGACGUUCCGCCUUUGUGAACUGGGAUCCGGUGGAUCAAACCGUUCUGGCGGAUGAAUUGGUUGACUCACAGGGUAGAUCAUGGCGUUCAGGAGCUGUGGUUGAACGGAAACCGCUGCGGCAGUGGUACUUCCGUUCUUCAGUUUAUUCACAAUCACUGGUGAAUGGCUUGAAAGAUAUCGAGGGUAAUCAGUGGCGUGAUGUUGUGCAAAUGCAACGCGGUUGGCUGGGUAACUUGGAAGGUACCCAAAUUGAAUUUGACUUGGUCGUCUGUGGCACGAAUUCGGUAUCCAGUGACCUGAACAACCAAGAACAAACCCGUGCUCCUCCGCGGCCAGAAGAACGCCUAACAGUUUUCACCAAAGAGCCGCAUCUUGUUGUUGCAGACUUGGUCAGUCAUAUCGACGUAACCAUGGACAGUGUGUAUUACACCGAUUCUUAUCGUAAGUCAGAAUGUGAGCGUGGAGUGAAUGCAUCAAGAAAACUGUUACUGUUUCAUGGAGAUUCGAAUGAGAUGGAGAAUGACUCACGAAAACUAAAUAUCGUUUCCACAAUGGCUGCUUCUCCCUGGCCCGAACUGUUGGCCAUUUCGGUUUUGCAUCCUUUCACGGGUCGUUUGAUCCCCAUGGUUCGACAACCCAACGUUCGCUUGUCUUUGUCAGUAGCCUUUCCUGAUUUAAUCCCACUUAUGAUGCCACGUGAUAUGAUGAUCAUAAUUAAAAGUGACAAAGAUGAAACAAACCUUCCCUGGUAUAAAUCAGCUCCUUCUUCGAAACUCAUCGUUGUUGAAUUGAAUCGAGCCUAUCCCACCAUCCCCUCCUGGUAUUUAUUCAUCUUCAUCCUAUCCGUAGUGGGACUGGGUGGAUUUUUAAAUUGA